UAUUUGUAUAUGUAUGAAUAUUCGCAUUAUAUGCAUGAAUUAAAACUUGUGGCGUUGGCAGCACUUGAAUAAAAAAUUGCGACAUUUGAGAGUCAAUUCUCAUGUCAAUAAAUCUCUUUUACGUAGCAUUGUUUCGUGUCACUUUUUUAGUCGUAAAGGAACGUCAAACAGAAAAAAAGAAGUCAACGAAAAUUAAAUAGAAUUACCAAGUAAAUCAAAGAAGGAAAAGCAAAAUAGUGUAGCGAAAUUCUGAAUAUAUAUAUACAUAUAUAAAAGAUUUAAGCCUAUUUAUGUUAAAUUUUGUCGUUAUUAAUAUUUUUGAGUUAACUUUUAAAAGUCAUAACACAAAAAAAAUAAACACGGUGUAUUGUUGUUUUUAUAAUUGAAGAAUUAAAGAGCAAACAGCAGCCAUAGCGUAAACACAGUGGAACGAAUUUGUGCUUUUAAAGAGGCCUUAAUUUUAAAUAAAUAUAUAAACUUAAAAAGAAAAAGCACAUAUAUCUGAUUAAUAUGAAUCGCAGUGAUGGCUUGGUUAGACGUACAGUUAAGACGCGCGACAAUGGUGAAGGUGGAGCCACAGGCAAUGCAAAUACGCCAGAUGAUAAUGAAAGUAUAAACGAUGGCUAUAAAGAUCAGGAGGACAAUGUUGACGAUGGUGAUUCUAAAGAAACGCGCUUAACACUUAUGGAAGAAGUACUGCUGUUGGGCUUAAAAGACAAAGAGGGUUACACAUCAUUUUGGAAUGACUGUAUAUCGAGUGGUUUACGUGGUUGCAUAUUAAUUGAACUCGGCUUGCGCGGUCGCGUAAUGAUCGAAAAAUCUGGUAUGCGCAGACGUGGGUUAUGCACAAGUAGAAAACUGAUAUUAAAAUCAGAUCAACAAACCGGUGAUGUAUUACUUGAUGAAGCUCUUAAACACAUCAAAGAAACUAAUCCCCCAGAAACUGUUCAAAGCUGGAUCGAAUACCUAAGCGGUGAAACAUGGAAUCCAUUAAAAUUGCGUUAUCAACUUAAAAAUGUACGAGAACGCUUGGCUAAGAAUUUAGUGGAGAAAGGUGUGCUUACAACGGAAAAACAAAAUUUUUUGUUAUUUGAUAUGACCACGCAUCCUUUAAGUGACAACGUUGUGAAGUUACGUUUAGUCAAAAAGAUACAAGAUGCAGUUCUGUCGAAAUGGGUGAAUGAUCCUCAGCGCAUGGAUAAACGUAUGUUAGCUUUAAUAUUUUUAGCGCAUGCGAGUGAUGUUAUAGAGAAUGCAUUCGCUCCUUUAAACGAUGAUGAUUAUGAAGUGGCCAUGAAACGUGUGAGAGAACUAUUGGAUUUAGAUUUCGAAGGAGAAGCUGCUAAGCCAAAUGCUAAUGAAAUAUUAUGGGCAGUUUUUAUGGCUUUCACCAAAUAAAAUAAAAACUAAAUGCGGCAGUCACUUCACCAGCGAAGCGAAGACAAUUGCCAAUGAAGCACUUUAUUUUCUAUCAACUGCAAUUUAUUAUUGUCAUAUUAUUAUUUUUUAAUCUAAAUCAUAUAAAAUAUUGACUUUUAUUUUAUAUAUAUAUAUAUUAUACAUCAUGUUUUAUAAUUGUUAUAAACAAUAAUUAAUAUACAAAUGUAGUUUAAUAAUAGGUAAUAAUAUUAUAUAUCAAAUAUUUUGAAAGAUUUAGAUUUGCGCCCAUU